GGCGGCGGGCGUCCGGCUCUGAGGUGGUGGCGGCAGUGGCGGCGGCGGCUCUGGACUGGGCUCGGCUAGGUGCGAGCGAGGGCCGGGGGGCGCUGGGGCGAGUGCCGAUCCCCCGGCUCGACCAUCCGCCUGCCGCCCGGACGCCUGGGCCGCGGAGUUUGUGUGCCGGCUCGGACCCCGGCGCCCAGCCCGGAGCCGUAACCUUGAGGCGGCGGCGGCGGGGCCGGACCGGUCCGGGCCGGGGGGCGGCGGCGCUGGAUCCGCGGCCACCCGAUCGCUGGCGGGAGAUGUCGAAUCCCGGGACGCGCAGGAAUGGCUCCAGCAUCAAGAUCCGUCUGACAGUAUUAUGUGCCAAGAAUCUUGCAAAGAAAGACUUCUUCAGACUUCCUGACCCUUUUGCAAAGAUUGUCGUUGACGGCUCUGGGCAGUGCCACUCAACUGACACUGUGAAAAACACUUUGGACCCAAAGUGGAACCAGCACUAUGAUCUAUACGUUGGGAAAACGGAUUCCAUAACCCUCAGCGUGUGGAACCACAAGAAGAUCCACAAGAAGCAGGGAGCCGGCUUCCUCGGCUGCGUGCGGCUGCUGUCCAAUGCCAUUAGCAGAUUGAAAGAUACCGGAUACCAGCGUUUGGAUCUAUGCAAACUAAAUCCCUCAGAUACUGAUGCAGUUCGUGGCCAAAUAGUGGUCAGUUUACAGACGCGAGACAGAAUCGGCACGGGAGGGUCUGUGGUGGACCGCAGAGGGCUCUUAGAGAAUGAAGGAACGGUGUAUGAAGACUCCGGGCCUGGGAGGCCACUUAGCUGCUUCCUGGAGGAGCCAGCCCCUUACACAGACAGUACGGGUGCUGCUGCUGGGGGAGGCACCUGCAGGUUUGCGGAGUCCCCAAGUCACGAUCAGAGACUUCAGGUGCAGCGACUCCGGAAUCCUGAGGUGCGAGGGGCCCUGCAGACGCCACAGAACCGCCCGCAUGGCCACCAGUCCCCCGAGCUGCCUGAGGGCUAUGAACAAAGAACCACAGUCCAGGGGCAAGUUUACUUUUUGCACACACAGACGGGCGUGAGCACGUGGCAUGACCCCAGGAUACCCAGAGACCUUAACAGUGUGAAUUGUGAUGAACUUGGACCACUGCCACCUGGCUGGGAAGUCAGAAGUACCGUUUCUGGGAGGAUAUAUUUUGUAGAUCAUAAUAACCGGACAACCCAGUUUACAGACCCAAGGUUACACCACAUCAUGAAUCACCAGUGCCAACUGAAGGAGCCAAGCCAGCCGCUGCCGCUGCCCAGCGAGGGCUCUGUGGAGGACGAGGAGCUGCCCGCCCAGAGAUACGAGAGGGAUCUAGUCCAGAAACUCAAAGUCCUCAGACACGAACUUUCACUGCAGCAACCCCAAGCUGGCCACUGCCGCAUUGAAGUAUCCCGAGAAGAAAUAUUUGAGGAGUCUUAUCGCCAGAUAAUGAAGAUGCGGCCAAAGGACUUGAAGAAACGACUGAUGGUGAAAUUCCGAGGGGAAGAAGGUUUGGACUACGGGGGAGUGGCAAGGGAGUGGCUUUAUUUAUUAUGCCAUGAAAUGUUGAAUCCAUAUUACGGACUCUUCCAGUAUUCUACUGACAACAUUUACAUGUUGCAAAUCAAUCCAGAUUCCUCAAUCAACCCUGACCAUUUGUCUUAUUUCCACUUUGUGGGUCGGAUCAUGGGUCUAGCUGUGUUCCACGGACACUAUAUCAACGGGGGCUUCACGGUUCCCUUCUACAAGCAGCUCCUGGGGAAGGCCAUCCAGCUCUCGGAUUUGGAGUCGGUGGACCCAGAGCUCCAUAAGAGCUUAGUGUGGAUUCUGGAGAACGACAUCACCCCUGUGCUGGACCACACCUUCUGUGUGGAGCACAGCGCCUUUGGGCGGAUUCUUCAGCAUGAACUGAAACCAAAUGGCAGGAACGUCCCUGUCACAGAGGAGAACAAGAAAGAAUAUGUCCGGUUGUAUGUAAAUUGGAGGUUUAUGAGAGGAAUUGAAGCCCAGUUCUUAGCUCUCCAGAAGGGGUUCAACGAACUCAUCCCUCAGCACUUACUGAAGCCUUUUGACCAGAAGGAACUAGAGUUGAUAAUUGGUGGCCUGGAUAAGAUAGACUUGAAUGACUGGAAGUCAAACACGCGCCUGAAGCACUGUGUGGCUGACAGCAACAUCGUCAGGUGGUUCUGGCAGGCUGUGGAGGCCUUCGACGAGGAGAGGAGGGCCCGGCUCCUGCAGUUCGUGACGGGCUCCACGCGCGUGCCUCUCCAGGGCUUCAAGGCACUGCAAGGUUCUACAGGCGCGGCAGGGCCCCGACUCUUUACCAUCCAUCUGAUAGACGCCAACACGGACAACCUCCCAAAGGCCCACACCUGCUUCAACCGGAUUGACAUUCCACCUUACGAGUCGUAUGAGAAGCUGUACGAGAAGCUCCUGACGGCUGUGGAGGAGACCUGUGGGUUCGCUGUGGAGUGAAGAGCAGCCAGGAAGCCGACGUGCGCUCUUGGACCGCCAGCCCACAAGCACACCGCUUUCUGGGUACCUCCUGCAGUGCCAGGGCCAGGCGACCUGAUGACCCAAGGAAAAGGAGUUGUCCCCCUCCUUUUGCUGGGGGAGGGGCAGGGGGACUUGGCUAGUGGUUCCCACCCUACACCCCUCCUUUCUGACAGUACUCCCACCCUCCAUCACCCAUCCAAUAAAAGGCAGCCAGGGUCAGCGUUUGGCUUCGGUCACACAGGAAAUUCUGCCCUGGUGGUAGCACGCACCAGGACAGGCUCCGGGCCCCGUGGGAGUCUCCACCUGCAGUGACAGACCUGUGCCUGGCUAUCGGGCGCGUGACUGGGACCUGGACCGGCCCUUCUGUCCCCACAGCCUGGAGGCCCUCAGCAAGGUCAGCAGCUACAGAUCUCACCUGAGCUGGAACUCCACAUUUGACAUCCUAGCAGCCUGCUGUGGGGAGCAGAGUCACUUCUAAGUGAAAAUGAACCGUCCAGCAGAUGCCUGCUGGGACUCUGCCACGGUGAGAGCGCUAGUCAAGUGUGUCUCCCUUUGGAAAGGUAAAGGUAUAAGGCAGCUUCCACUGGAGCCGUGGCUAUUUCUUUUCAGGGUGUCCUGGCUGAAAAAUUUGUUUUGCACAGAGAAAAAUUACCUUUCCUUUUAAGAGUCCCUUUUGCCACAUGACCCACCGUGAGGUAUUCUUCCAGUGAAAACACAAUACGAUGGAGCUUGUCAAAGAGUAGACCAAACCAGCCUUAGACUCAGCCAGCCGUCCCAAAGCCAUGUGUCGACACUGCAGUUACACCUUGGAGGGCAUCGACUCUGUGACUGAAAUUUGAAACCACUGAGGGGACACUGCCGCAAGCUAACUCACAAAGUUCUGUUCUAGCUGCUGGCUUGGUGGGAACUGAGCCUCAGGAGAGGGAGGGAGCGCGGGCAUCCUUCAUGACCUAAACUGGCCUGAGGUGACUGUUGGACAGAAGUUGGGCAGGGGGUGACCCUGCACUGUCAUGUUUGCCCUUCCCCCAGUGUUGGAUGGUGACACUGUGGCUGUUGGUACACCUGCCCAGGUGUCUCCAGAGGCGGAGGAAGGCCAGAGCAAGCGUAGCACUUGAGUUCCUAACACCAUUUGCAACCUGCACAAAAGUCAAGCACCAUCUGGACGAGGUGAAAGCAGCAACACACCUUCCAUGUGAUUUGGGGUUGGUUUUGGUUUGGGAGGGGACUCAAGUGCAGGGCGGCUCAUUAGGACGACACUCAGCUUGCUGGGAGAGCUUCUGAGUUGAGCACUGGGAUCCAGCACAGGUCUGUGAUGGACAACUGUUUUAUGUGUUCUUUUUGUUGCUAACACCUUUAUGCCACGGUGGGUUAGGAAGGGUACCUGCUCUUCUACGUCCUGCUGCGGCUCCUUUGCUCGCCUGGGAAGCAGUCUGUGGUUGACGGGGGUGGACUUGGACUUCCUUGAAAGUAGCCCCUCACCCUUAACCGGCGACGUGGCAGCCAUGGCUCACAGGGCUCAGGUGGGCCGCACUUCUGGCCCGAGGUUCAGGACAGAAGGGAUGACAUGUGGGACUUGCUGCAGAAGCAAAUUCCAGUCUGUUCAGCAAGUGCAGGCCAACCUGGGGGCUCAGAGCCCUGCCCUACAGUGCAGGCUGUCUUGUGCCCACGCUGCUCUGUUGCACUCAAGACUGGCUUCCAAUGGUGAUGUCCAGUCUGCCCUUGGUACCGGCCUCUUGGAGAAAGGAAAAGGACAGACCCCAACAUAAGUCUGCCCUCGCAAAUGAACCCAGACUGCAUGGAGGCACAGAUGCCCCGGAGGACAUGGCUCUGAGGUUGGCAUCAUUUUGAAGGAAACCAGGGUCUAAUGGUUUAACAGGCUUACAAGUAGUAAUGUUUCCUCUGACACUAUUAAAACUACCUUCUUGCUGUCAGGCAGGAGUCGGGGUGAGAUCCUUAGAAAGGCAUCUGCUGCCCCAUAGAAGGGGACACUGCUCUAUGGGUACCAGAGUCCAGACAGUUGUGUUCUCCCAGCCAGCUCGAGACACUGUGCGUCCCAUCCCAGGAAGGCUGUCUGCGCCCCCUGCCUGCCACUGUGUGGGGUUUGUGGCCCCACCCCAGGUCGUCGUCAGCUGUGAGUGUUGCAGGGAGCCCAGAACCUGAGAGUAGAAUUCUCUAGAGCACCUGUCUUCCAAACAGGCUGUGGCCAGUGGCACUGCACCUCGAGAACCUUAAAUUUUGGUUCUCAUGGAACCACCCAAAGAAUAAAGUGUGGCAGCAAAGGGUCAGAGCUCCUUCGGGUCCACGCCUCACACAUGACCCCAGAUGACCACCCCCCCGUCUUUGCCCAGGGGCUCCAGGGCCCGACCUCAGGCUGCCUCACCAGCGGCUCAGCCAACACUCAGGGAUGUAGUAAACCACCGUCCGCAGUGCCCCACGCAGGGACAGACCCAGCUGCCAGGGAGGCUGGGUUGAGUGGCAGCAAAGUGCUGGCUUUCAGACAGAGGAGCUGCUGCCAGGUCCCGGUCAGACCCCGAGCUUGCGCAGCCAUGGUCUGCAUUCCGGUCAGGUGGUCACAACCUGUGGUGUCAGGAAGGGCCUCUGCAGAAAACCCCCACAGCCAGUGCCAGGUGAGAGCCACGGGGCAGCCCACCCAGUUUAUUUUUGUUUCUCAACCACUUUAUAAUGUGUUUUUAAUUUAUUUUGUAAUGUCUUGUUUUUAAGUAUUGCUGCUAUCCUUAUUAUUCCCACCAUUUUUAUUGCUGAUUUAUUUUGUGAAAAUUGUACACUAAUAUUCUGUUUUAUGUCAAAAUCAAAAGUAUUUAAAGAAAUGCUAGUUCUAUUUAAUGUUGUUAUGGAACCAGCUGGAAACACAAAACAAACACUGCAGCAGGCGGACCGAGGUCUGGUUCAUUUUGUUACAUAUGCAAUAAAUUCACAACUUUAGAGCUGUGCGUCUGUUGUUUGGGUGUAGAAAUGAAACUCCAGCUUCCUUGUAACCCCACAGGCCAGGAAGCCAGUGGCCAGACUCGGGGAAGGGCCAGCUGGGGAGAAGGCGGAAGACGCGCGUGCCAGGACGGUGUCCAUCAAGCACCACCUCGUGGGGUUAAGUUUAGUCUGUUGACUUCACUCUCACACACAGGUCGUGCCGGUUUAUUACCUCCCACCGGCUCGCUGACUAGCCUUUUCUACUGCCCAGAGUCAGGACACGCCCGGGUUUUGACCCCAUGUUCUCACUGGUAGCAGGGGUGCUAUACAAGCCAGUGAGCCACUGGGACCCCUGCGUCCAGUGCCCGCCCUGCCCCCAUCUUGGGGGCAUUUUCUCUGAGAUUCCCAGUGAGGACCUGGUGGGACUGCUGGCGGAAAGCUCACGAAUGGGUGGCCCCCAAGGCUGGGCCUCCUAGUUUCUCCCUCUCAAGCUUGUCCACUGGCACUUAGCCCUUUACCCUCUAAGUGCUCCUACCUGUCCCUGGGCCCGGCGGUGACUUCUGCUCCCCGUACCAGCCUCUGUGUGUCUCCUGUUCUGCCCUGUGACCUCUGAUGGACCUGAAAAGAGAUGUUGGAUUUUAAUUUUUCACUUUUUUUCUUUUUGCGAGGAGGGGCAACUUCCAAGCUCUUUACAUGCCAGACUAUAAACCAGAGGUCUUUCCUCUGCCUACUGUCUAGGCUUUUUUAAAAAACUUGCUCCAUUGGAACUUUCUGGUUUGUUCCUUUAUCCCCCUUGCCACAACCUAACAUCGGGCUUCCCUAGGAAGCCACAUAACAGGUCCCUCUGUCAUCUUUGUUUUUCCUCACGAUCACAUAAUCAUAUGCAGAUACACAUGUAUACACACGUACACAUACAUGUACAUGCAUCACGUCCGCAUGGAGAGGCAGGACAUGAUUGUACGCAAUUAUACACAUGUAUACGCAUGGACACGUGUACACACAUCAAGUCUACGUGCUGCAGAGGCAGGAUGGUGUCGAGGGCGGAGCUAGCAGGGAGGACCUGGAUUGAAUCCUGACUGACCCUCACUAUUGAAUCCUGACCUCGACACAUCACCCGGCUUGUGCCUCUGUUUCCUCACUUACAGAUGGAGGCUCCCCCAUGCGUCUGUCAGUUAGUCAUACUGUGGGGGCUUGUGUGUUGCUGUGAGGCUGGAAGCUAUGCCACUGGUAUUCAAAUACCAGUAGGGUCACCCAUGGCGGACAGGUUUCAGCUGAGCUUCCAGACUAAGACAGACUAGGAAGAAGGAGCCAAAGUAUGACCUUGAGUUUAUCCCACCAGAAUUUAGAGACCAUCUCAAGAACAGAUUUGAUGCAUUGAACACUAAUGACAGAAGACCAGAUGAGUUGUGAAAAGACAUCAAGGACAUCAUACAUGAAGAAAGCAAGAGGUCAUUGAAAAGAUAGGAGAGAAAGAAAAGACCUAAACAGAUGUCAGAAGAGACUCUGAAACUUGCUCAUGACCGUCAAGUAGCUAAAGAAAAGGAAAAAUGAUGAAGUAAAAGAGCUGAACAGAUUGCCGAGGGCAGCUCCUGAAGACAAAGUGUUACGAUGACAUCUGCAAAGACCUGGAGAUGGAAAACCAAACUGAAAGAACGUGCUAAGCAUUUCUCAAGCUGAAAGAACUGAAGAAAAAAUUCAAGCCUCAAGUUACAAUACUGAAGGAUUCUAUGGGGAAAAUAUUAAACGACUCAGGAAGCACCAAAAGAAGAUGGAAGGAAUACACGGUCACUGUACCAAAAAGAAUUGGUAGACGUUCAACCAUUUCAGGAGGUACCAUAUGAUCAGGAACUGACGGUAGCGAAAGAAGUGCAAACUGUGCCGAAGGCAUUGGUGAAAAACAAGGCUCCAGGAAUUGACGAAAUACCAAUUGAGAUGUUUCAACAAACGGAUACAGUGCUGGAAGUGUUUACUCACCUAUUCCAGGAAAUUUGGAAGACAGCUACCUGGCCAACUGACUGGAAGAGAUCCACAUUUAUGCCUAUUCCCAAGAAAUGUGAUCCAACCGAAUGCGGAAAUUAUCAAACAAUAUCAUUAACGUCACACGCAAGUAAAAUUUUGCUGAAGAUCAUUCAAAAGCGGUUGCAGCAGUAUAUGGACAGUGAACUGCCAGAAAUUCAGGCCAGAUUCAGAAGAGGAUGUGGAACCAGGGAUCUCAUUGCUGAUGUCGGAGGGAUCCUGGCUGAAAGCAGAGAAUUCCAGAAGGAUGUUUACCUGUGUUUUAUUGACUAUGCAAAGGCAUUGCAGGGGCAUUCGACUGUGUGGAUCGUAACAGCUUAUGGAUAACACUGCAGAGAAUGGGAAUUCUGGAACACUUACAUGUGCUAACGAGGAACCUGUACAUGGAUCAAAAGGCAGUCGUUCACACAGAAUAAGGGGAGGGGUACUGCGUGGUUUAAAGUCAGGAAGGGUGUACGUCAGCGUUCUAUCCUUUCACCAUAUCUAUUCGAUCUGUAUGUAUUCAAAAAUCCUCACAACUGAACCAAUAAACAACAUCAUGAUAAAUGCAGAAAAGAUUGAAGUUGUCAAAGGUUUCAUUUUACUUGGAUCCUCAAUCAACACUCAUGGAAGAAGCAGUCAAGAAAUCAAAAGAAGCAUCGCAUUGGGUAAACUGGCUGCAAGAGAUCUUUAAAGUGUUAAAAAGCAAAGAUGUCACCUUGAGGACUAAAGUGUGCCCGACCCAAGUCAUGGUGUUUUCAAUUGCCUCACAUGCGUGCGAAAGCUGGACAGUAAAUAAGGAAGGAAUAAGAAAGGGUCAUCAAAAAAGAGGAAGACCCUCAAUGAGAUGGACUGACACAGCGGCUGCAAUUAUGGGCUCAAGCAUAACAAUUGUGAGGUUGGCGCAGGACCAGGCAAGUGUUCCGUUCUGUUGUGCGUAGGGUCACUAUGAGUCGGAACCAACUUGACGGCACCUAACAACAACAAAUAUGGGCUACAGCACCUCCUCCCAGGGCCAUGCUAUUGGAAUGUGCUGUGUGAAGCACUCGGAGCCCAGGCAGAGGUUCUGUCAGUUGUGCCUCACAGUUUUAUUGUCAGGCACGGGUCACGCUACCUCCCACACAACCGCCUCCACGCCAUUCUGCGUCUUGCCCUGCCCCUCAGCGUGCUGCGAAGACAGCACAGGCCGAGGCUGCUCACCACCCAUCCACCCGCCGUGGUUGCGCCUCCUCGGGAGCGGGUGCCCUGGGAAACACAGGGGACUUGGCAAGGGCUCCCUGCAGGGCGGGCAGGCAGGCACGCACGCAUCAGACCCACAGCCUUUGGUGCAAAGAACACCAGACAGGGCCCUGAUCUUGAGCUCCUGGGAGGCCAGAAGGCUGCAUCCCAGCAACGGGGCAGGGCAGGGAAGAGCUAGGAGCCCUCCUGAGUUUGAGUCCCCUCUGCCACUCAGAGCUGUGUGACUGGGGCAGUUACCCGACUCCUGAGUCUCAGUUUCCUUAUCUGUAAAAUUAGGCUUAACUAUGAAGAUGGGCUGAUCCACACAACUGUGCGGCGGUUCUCAGAAACGGUGUUGACAAAGGGCUGACCCAGAUGCCAUCCUGUGCUUCCCUUGGGGCCUGGCUCGGAGGCCACCUGGACCUCGGCCUGGGUCUGGGUGGUGGUUCAGCAAGUGAAUACAAAUGUGGAAACUCGGCAAAGGACCCCUGAGUCCUCCAGCCUCACCCAAAGCCGUCUGCCCACCUCUCCCUCCGGCUUCCCCCACCCUUCCUAGCCCCUGCAGUCCAGUUGAUUCUGACUCAUGAUGACCCCACGUGUUACCGAGUAGAACUGCUCCAUAGGGUUUUCUUGGCCGUAAUCGCCAGGCCCUUCUCCCACAAAGCCCCUGGGUGGUAUCAGUCUGUCAACCUUUAGGUUAGUAGCCCAGGGCAAACCAUUUGUGCUCCAACCCCGCCCCCGCCACAGGGGUGGGAAAACCUAGCCCCCAAUGUCUCCCACGGCUGCUCAUGCCUACACAUCCUGCCAAGUGGGCAGUGCUGGGUAGCUUGGGGAAGGCUUUGCACCCCAUAUUGUCUGUCAGCCUGCCCCCCAGUUCUUUGAUAUGAAGAUAUGUCCCAAUUUUCCAUGCAGAGCGUACAUGCUCACCUGCCGCCGUCUGCCCUGUCUGCCGCCACCCCAGCCCUUUUCUGGCUGUCUCUGCCCCAGCUCCACAGCCUUCCCAGCAUGGCCAAACAUCCCUGAAGCUCCACUCCCUGGGCACUGGCCGAGGGCUCCCCAGAGGGGCCUAAUUGCCCCGGGUACCCUGAGUGGGGGGUGGCCUGUCCGGGGACGGGUCAGACAGGCCGUCCACAGCCUGCCACUUCUCCCCGACAGUCCCCUCUAAUGACCCCUUCCCCCCACCCCCCGGUCAGUCGUGUCCCCUCACUGCUCAGCAGCGGGGACCAUGUGGAAGCGCAGGGCCAUGUGGAGGCUCUACUGUAGCUGCUCCCCUUUCCCUGGGUGCAGAGAACGUAAAAAGAAGAGAAUCCCGCUGUCACCCACCCCGUGACGUGACCGCAGCGAGAGUUUACCUUAAGGCUGGACUUAUUCUAGCUUUAAGGGUGUAUUUACUAAAGUUUUACUUUAUAUUGUAGAAAUUUAUGCUUUCACUUUUAGAAAUUAUAACUCAAUAAAAAAAUUAAUUGAAAAUGAAAUGUCUAAUAACAGCACUUACCUUAAAAGUGUUUGGAGAGCUGGGAGCACAGGGUGUGGGGGCCCGGUAAGCAAGCCGUUUUUGGGACCUUCCUCAACUCCUGGCUGACGGCCUCCCCAAGGGCCCAGCUUCCGCCCACUGUGUCUGGCUCCGAGCGUCCUGGCCACAGUCCUGCUCUCUGUGCUCCCAGACGAGUGCAGACAGAGUGCUGGGCAGACUAGAAGGGGUCCCAGCUGCAGCACAGGGCCCAGGACGUGGAGCCUGGCCCCUUCUGACCAGGCAGACUCCGGGAUCCAAGGCCCCCUGACGUGAUGAUGGGAAUGAGGCCCCGCAGACAAAACGUCCCCAAACUAUACUCGUUUGCUUCUCCUAAACCCAUGGUUUUCCCCGUUCCACUUACAGCUAGCUCUGUCCUUCCGGCUCAGGCCUAGUGCCUGGAACCAGACUGGACUCCUCUGUCACACAUCACCUGUCCGCUCUCCCUCCCAUAGGGACAACAGAGCAGCUGCUCACCGGGUCCAUCCCUACCCGGGAGUCCUGACCGAUCUCUGUCUCUUGGCUGGGCUCCGACUCCUGCACCUCCACCCUGCUCACCUUCCCACCCACACAGGGACCCUGUGACAGCCCAGGUCACACUGUGUCGCCUGCUGCCCAGAGCCUCUCAGAGUAGCACCCAGAGGCCUUAUCACAGCUUACAAGGCCCAUUCUGACCUCAAGGUCAUCCCCUCGCUCUCACAGCUUCAACCCAGGGGCUGCCUGGGCCUCUGCCAAAGCAGUGGCCGUCCUGCCUGGGGCCUCUGUACUUCGUUCCUCUUCCCCAGUCAGCCGUACCCAGAGAUGGUACCCCCACCCCACCGCUCUCUCCCUCUCUCACUCCUCCCCAACCAACAACUGAAGUGUCAUCAAUUAAAGCAGCAGCAACUCAGACAAGGAAGAAGGAACUCAACUAAGAAGGUGGCCGCGUCUUCUGUACCACUGCUCCCUCAACUGAGAGGUCACCUACUCAGGCACUGCCCCUGACCGCCUGUCCCUGUGCCUCUGUGGGGACAAGUCAUGGCCCACCGACCACUGGAUUAAAUGCUCAAACAAGCACACAGUCUGUGAAGAAAGCCAAACCCUUCACAAGCUUGCAGUUACCCAAAAAGCUACUCUCAUUUCCAUCUACCUGAAUACACAAACACACACAUGAAUGGGAUCCUCCCUACCCCAAAUAUAGGGGCCCCAGCCACCUGAGCCUGGGGUGGCAUCUGCCUUGCACCUUCUCAGCCCGCCUGUGCCCACGGGACUCCUCAGGUCUAACUACCUGAUGUGGAGCCACGACACAUGACUCAGGACAGUCCACUUCUGACCACUCCUGGUAAGACUGAACCUCCAAGGUGUGAUUGGGGAACAGCUCAGAAACACAUUGCUCUUAGCAAACGCCCUCACCGUCUCGGCCAAUAGCAUGCUCCUUAGAACAUUCGCCAGCUCACAGGGUCUCGCUGUGCACACGGUGGAGAACUGGGGGGCAACCCCCCACUUGGCCUGCACUGGCCCAACUCCACCUUGGAGCUGCAGUCUGCAACCCCCACCAUUGCCUGCCUCCUGCCACUGAGGAAUCCAAGACAUUCCUCGCAAAGUCUGACCUCCAUAUCACUGCAAAAUAGCUGACGAGUCACCCCAGACAAAGCAGGGAGAGCAGCAGGGACACAGGUCUCCAUCCAGCCCCGGGGCACACACAGCAGAGGGCUUGGGGUCAGGCAGGACAUGGCUCCACCCAACUGUUCCACAAUUAGUUCUGUGCCCUCAGACAGGCCCCUCACCCUCUCUGCAUUGGAAGCCCCUACCUGUAAAAGAGCUCUGCCCUGGGCUGACCGACCCUCCACCUUACGGGGACCAGAGACCAGGGCAAGGGCCUCGAGUGGUCACCGUCAGCAGUGAGCCUAUGCCCAGGCAGCAGGGCAACAUGACCACAGUCCCAGCCUUGGCUGCUUUGAGACACCUGGACUUGCCCCUCAGGCUUGACUUCGCAGUGAGGUUUGAGAGAAUUUGGCUACCAGUGUCACCCAUACCACGCCAGCCUGGGGCAGUGGGAACAGGGGAAGGCAAGGGUGACAGGCAGGGCUGAGGACCCCUUUGGGAGGCCCCAUGAGCUGUGUGAAGGGCCGUCCUCCUCUUGGCAAACUCAGCAUUUCCCACUGGGUGAGUCCUUCAAGUUCAAAGUGAAGCAGCAGCCUCCACGCCUCUGCUCCUGCUUCCCUGGUUCUAUUCCUGCCACCCUCCGCUGGGUGAACGUCCUCCGCUCCGUGAGGCCAGGCCUCCUGCUUUGUCACGUGGCCGCCCUGGUGAAGACAGAUGGACAAGGACACCGCAAGCCUGUGGAGCACGGACACAGCCCGAGGAGCAGCUGGCCCUCGCAGGCCCCGUCUUCCCUGCUCCCACACCCCUCGUGCGCACAGUGCACACAGGCCACGUGAUGCUGCGCGACAUUUACAUGCACGUCCUGGGCACCCGCCCACCUCGGUCCAUCACAACCAGGACUCCCAUCACCACAUGACCACCCUCUGGUGCGUGGUCUACAGCCAGAUUCUCAGCCAGGCCCUCAGCUGUGUCCAGGCAACAUGGGUGAUCGGAUGACACCGCCCACACCUGAGGUCACACUCAGGACAGCCUGCCACCAACCCUGCACCUCCGCCCCCAUCACUUCUUUCACCUCCCAGAAACCAGCAUUUAACACGCAUGCAGAAUGAUGAAUCCUUUUAUAAAAUAUUUAUUCUAAAAAAUCACACUGUACAAAUUUCAAUAGAACAUUCUCAAUGUGCAGAUUUAUAAAAUGUGAAUAUAACAGAAAGACUGGAGUUAUCAGAAGAACUUCUGUUCCUUUGCUUCUUUUUAAAUUAGGAAGGAAAAGUGAUCUUCUCCAGGUACAAUGAUGGGACGCGUCAUCUCAGAGACAUCCAGAGAGCCAGCCAAGAAAAGCCCUGUGGUUCACCUGCCAGUUCCCGCGGCACGUCCUCUGGUCCAGAAGUGGAACACGGGAGGGAGGUGCUGCGGGCUGAGGCCCUGCUGGUCCACUUGGCUCCUGUCACUGGCCACACAGUUAGAGCAAGGCCAGCACGGUGCUUUGCCACCUCCUGUUUCUCCAGCCCAGUGGAUGUCCGGUACAGAGUGCCAAGCUCUGCCAGGCGUGAUUCUGAGAGUUAAAAACGGGCUGCCUGGGACAGCGGUUAAAGGUCCAACUGUACAUUCACACAAAGAGGGGACAAUAAAAAAGAAUUCACGAAGAAAACCAUGCCGGGGAAGCCUGGCUUCUUAAAAGGUUACUUUAAAAGCUCACAGCGAGAUUCCGACCUGCCACUUCUAGUCGCUGAGCUGUCUCUAAGCUGAACGGCUCCUCUUCCACACACAACUACGGGGACAUAACUGCAACUGGGCAGAAGUGCAGGACUUCGUGAGUAACACCGACAACAAGGCCAGGCCCAGGACGCACCCUCCACAUCCUGGGGUGGGCAGCACGCAGUGUCACAGCCAUGGGUGCCAGGCAGGGUCCAUGCGGCACAGGUUGUCCAGGCUGUUGGCUGCAGCCACCAGGGUGUUCACCUUGCUCUCCCCACCCUCGAACUGUGCCAGGUUGUGCAGGCGCGUCACGAUGGCAGUGACUGCCUUCUGAACCA